CACUUAAAUCAUAAAUAAACAUUUCUGAAUGUUGUGGAAUUUUGAAUUAUUUCUCAAACUACCACAACGCUUAACUUUUAAUCUACUCUGAUUUGCACCUGCUGCUCACGCUGCCUUUCGCCCACCAACAUGUUUACAAAGAUCUGGGCACAAGCAUGGAGCCAAAAAGCACUCCCUCUGGGGGGAUCGAUAAGCUGCACUGACUAUGGACCACAGGACAGUGUGCCAGCACACACACACACACACACACACAGGAAUAACACGCUGUCGAAGUGUCUCUCUGCUCUUCAUCACACCUCUGACACCUCAGGGUAGCGUGGAGUAAGCGGACCACCGAGGGCCCGAGCAGACUGCGCAGCGGGAGGCCUGGCUGGAUGAAUGCGCUGAAGGAUGGCUGUGUUAUGUAACGCGAUGGCGGGGGGACUGCUGCUCACCUUGAGCCUCAGUCUGCUGAGGUGGGGAGUUGAGGGGCAGGGAAAGAAAGAAGUAUCGGGCGGGGCCACCAUCUACCUCGGCCAGGACAGAGACAUCUGGAGGCCCCUGAUCCACAUCACAGUAAACCUCAGUGAGAUCAGCAGUAUCAAGUCAUCCUUUCAUUUACGGACGUUUGACCCAGAAGGUGUCGUUUUCUACGGCGACACCAAAAACGGGCAGGACUGGUUUAUUCUGUCCCUGAAAGACGGCAUCCCCCUGAUGCAGAUCAGCAGAGGGGACAGCCGGGUCAGCGUGGCCGGGGGCCCCAAGCUCAAUGACGGGAAAUGGCACACACUGGAGGUGAGCAACCAAGAUCCCUUUGUGAUUCUGGAGGUGGACGGCUCCAAUAAGCUGGUGGUCGGCAUGCAGUCCAGAGAGACGGUCAAGGUCCUCUCAGGUGAACUUCGACUGGCCCUGGGUGGGAUCCUGAUCGACAAAGAGAAGAUGCUUGUUCAGUUUGAGCCGCACAUGGACGGCUGUGUGCGGAGAGGCAGCUGGCUCAACCUCAGCGUGCCCUGGGAGGUGGAGGCGGAGGAGCUGUGGCCCUGCUAUCAAGACGUACGACCCGGCAGUUACUUCCCCGGCACUGGAUUGGCUAUUUUCAACACCUCAGUUUUCCCAAUGGAAGCAGACCUUGGGGUCAAGACUGAAUUGUGGGGAGAUUUCAGUAAGAUGGAUGGGACCAUUUUUAGCAUCAAGGCUCCUGGGCACAAGCUGAUGUUUGCUUUAGUGGCCAAUAAUAACACAAAGGAAAUCACACUUACUUUGGGCGAAGAAAAGAUUCGUAUGAAAGACACUUUCAAGAGGCUGGUCAUAACCUUUCAGGCUAAUUCACUGCAAGUGUUUCAAGAUGAAGAUGAAUCAGAGACGACAACGUUACCCAUCGGCCCCGGGAGCCAGCCCGGGUAUUCGGCCACAUGGGGAGCGGGUCAUCUGGCUUUCGGAGGUCUCCUAGGUGAAGAAGAGGACAAUGUUGGCUCCCAGUUCUUGACAGGCUGUCUAGAAAAGAUCCAGGUUCAGGGGAAGGAUUUGGACCUGGAUCUAGCUGUCAAACACAUGUCGAUCUCAUCUCACAGCUGCCCUGCAUAGACCGUCACACUAUAUGCACCUUCAAUAUGUGGACUCAUGUUCGCAGUAGAUGUCUUGGGGUUGAAAUUAACAACAAUAGAAAAGGUGUGUAAAAGUGAAAAAUGGUUCCGCUAAAAGUAAAUCUGGAGUUGAAUGUGGUAUUUGAACCAAUUAACCUCUAACAUGUGGAGAAUUAUAAUAAAAUAUGAAUAUGUUGUUUAUGAGAUAUCCCUUGCGUUUUCCCAUUUUACAGAAUGCCUUAAUUAAUCUGAGAAAUGUAGGUUGUUUUCUGAUCUUGUUAAGUGCAACAGUCUGUUACUAAAUAAGAUAUGAUUCUCCUUAAUUUAGCUAUCUAUAGAUGUUUCAUUGUAUUGCUGCAUUUAGGGGACAUUAAAACCCACUAGUGCUUUUGAGGAGAUUAGAACAUUGUGAAAACUAACGUUUAAUAGAUACUGAGUGAGGCUGAGCUUUCAUAAAACAUGGACUUUGCACCAUCUAGUGGAUUGUUAAAGAUAAUAUUAGAGUUGCUUCGUCCACUGUGUAUGACGCCAACCAAACAAUGAAACAACACUAGAUACAAAAAUUAAUAUUAAAUAUUGUUUAAGAAAAAUUAUCUAUGAGGAAUAAGGAAUAAGCACAAUGUUCACACAUGCCAGAAAGUAUAAGUUUCUUUUUUCUCCCUCCAUUAAAUGGUCAUAAAGUUGAAAUAUAUUACAUUUGUUUGGGAAAAUAAUUGUUUUAGUUCAUUUAGUAUAGCAAGAAAAAACUAGUCAUCAAAUGGCUAAAAAUAAUAAUCAUUGUUUUUAUUUUUAAUGUUUAAAGAUAUUCCUAUGGAUGAAAAAUGUAUCUCGAUAUUAUGUGUACGUGUGUAAUUUAUUUGGAGUUUUGAUAAAUUGAAGGGAAAUGUG